AUGACUGAUGAUGAAGUUGUAGUUGGUGCAGUUUUCAAACAUUCAUCUGCAUACGAAGAAAACAAUAUUCAUUCUAAUGGUACUCCUAUCAACAAGUAUAUUAAGGAAAAGAGUGUUUCUGUUGAAGGUGACAAUAUUAAUGUUGUUAAUCUUGAUGCAGUGACACCGACAACAACUUCACUGAAACGGCCUAUUGAGAUUGUUCCACCACUGAAUCGUUUGAAUGCUCUUCCUCAAAAGAUGGUGUUGCUCUUCAUACCCUUAAGAUUCCAAAAAUGGAAAAACUCGAAUAAAUUUAGCAGUUAUGAUUAUUUGACAUUUAUCAUUGACGAUUUUUCUUUGAGUUUUUAUUAUUUGCUUAAGGAUUUCUUUGACAACACAAGCGAAAUGACACAUAACAGUGACAUUGAAUUCGUCAUUGAUAAGUUGGCUGACAUAGAUUCCUCCAAAGAAUCAUGGAAUAUUCGUGUUCAAGUUGUCAUGAUUUGGAAACAGACAUACCAAAACAACUCAAACAUGGUCAGCAGCUUGGACAUGAUUUUAAUGGACCAGGAGAAUACAUGCAACAAUAAAAAAAAUCUCAUAAAUGCAUUUCAAGCCCUCCUGGAAGAAGGAGUUGUAAGGCAAAUCACUAACUUUGGUAUGAGAAGAAACGAAGGAGAUUACAUGUUGGUUGCUCACAGGCAUAAGAUAAAUUUCUACAAAACAACCACAAUUCGUGUAUCAACUCCUUUUGUUGAUAGGAUCGAUCCUUUUAAUUUUGUGAGUUUUCAUGAUCUGACAGCCAUAAAUUUUGACACUCGUGUUGCAUUUGAUUUUAUUGGUCAAGUUGUGUCUACUGAACCCAUGAGAGUGAUUAAGAAGAAUGCAAGGGAAACAAGGCUAUUGAGUAUUGUUGCACAAGAUAUGAGUGGUAGGAAAAUGCAAGUUGCUUUGUGGGAUGGUUUUGCAUUGAAAUUGAACAGCUACAUAUCUGAACAUCAAAAUGAAAAUGCUCUUGUGAUCAUCCUCCUACGUAUGGCAAAGCUCAAAACUUGGGGUGGUCAGCCACAAGUCGGUAACUGUUUAUUUGGGUUGAGAUUGCAUAUUAAUGAUGAUAUGCAUCAUAUUUCAAAAUUUAAAAAGGCCAUUGCUGAUAUCGAUUUGAAUGUUGAGUCUUCCAUUAAUACUACACAACUUAACACAGAAACUGUUGUGACCAACCCAGAAGAUUACUACCUCUGUUUUCCAAUCAAAGACAUUGAUGAUAUUCCAGAUUACAAUGAGGUAAGGGUGGUAAUACGUGUUCAAGAUGAAACUGGGUCUGCUUCUUUUGUAUUGUUUGACCGUCAUGUUAAAGAUCUUAUUCACCGCGGUAAUCAUUGGUUGAUGGAAAAGAUAUCAAAGGAUCAAGGACGCCAAAAGAUCCCUGAUGAGUUCAAUACCAUGCUUAAUAGGAAGUUUGUUUUUAAAGUUUAUAUUUCAAAGUUUAAUCUCGAGAACAAUUAUCACGCCUACACCGUUCAUAAGAUGACUGAUGAUGAAGUUGUAGUUGGUGCAGUUUUCAAACAUUCAUCUGCAUACGAAGAAAACAAUAUUCAUUCUAAUGGUACUCCUAUCAACAAGUAUAUUAAGGAAAAGAGUGUUUCUGUUGAAGGUGACAAUAUUAAUGUUGUUAAUCUUGAUGCAGUGACACCGACAACAACUUCACUGAAACGGCCUAUUGAGAUUGUUCCACCACUGAAUCGUUUGAAUGCUCUUCCUCAAAAGAUGGUGUUGCUCUUCAUACCCUUAAGAUUCCAAAAAUGGAAAAACUCGAAUAAAUUUAGCAGUUAUGAUUAUUUGACAUUUAUCAUUGACGAUUUUUCUUUGAGUUUUUAUUAUUUGCUUAAGGAUUUCUUUGACAACACAAGCGAAAUGACACAUAACAGUGACAUUGAAUUCGUCAUUGAUAAGUUGGCUGACAUAGAUUCCUCCAAAGAAUCAUGGAAUAUUCGUGUUCAAGUUGUCAUGAUUUGGAAACAGACAUACCAAAACAACUCAAACAUGGUCAGCAGCUUGGACAUGAUUUUAAUGGACCAGGAGAAUACAUGCAACAAUAAAAAAAAUCUCAUAAAUGCAUUUCAAGCCCUCCUGGAAGAAGGAGCUGUAAGGCAAAUCACUAACUUUGGUAUGAGAAGAAACGAAGGAGAUUACAUGUUGGUUGCUCACAGGCAUAAGAUAAAUUUCUACAAAACAACCACAAUUCGUGUAUCAACUCCUUUUGUUGAUAGGAUCGAUCCUUUUAAUUUUGUGAGGUUUCAUGAUCUGACAGCCAGAAAUUUUGACACUCGUGUUGCAUUUGAUUUUAUUGGUCAAGUUGUGUCUACUGAACCCAUGAGAGUGAUUAAGAAGAAUGCAAGGGAAACAAGGCUAUUGAGUAUUGUUGCACAAGAUAUGAGUGGUAGGAAAAUGCAAGUUGCUUUGUGGGAUGGUUUUGCAUUGAAAUUGAACAGCUACAUAUCUGAACAUCAAAAUGAAAAUGCUCUUGUGAUCAUCCUCCUACGUAUGGCAAAGCUCAAAACUUGGGGUGGUCAGCCACAAGUCGGUAACUGUUUAUUUGGGUUGAGAUUGCAUAUUAAUGAUGAUAUGCAUCAUAUUUCAAAAUUUAAAAAGGCCAUUGCUGAUAUCGAUUUGAAUGUUGAGUCUUCCAUUAAUACUACACAACUUAACACAGAAACUGUUGUGACCAACCCAGAAGAUUACUACCUCUGUUUUCCAAUCAAAGACAUUGAUGAUAUUCCAGAUUACAAUGAGGUAAGGGUGGUAAUACGUGUUCAAGAUGAAACUGGGUCUGCUUCUUUUGUAUUGUUUGACCGUCAUGUUAAAGAUCUUAUUCACCGCGGUAAUCAUUGGUUGAUGGAAAAGAUAUCAAAGGAUCAAGGACGCCAAAAGAUCCCUGAUGAGUUCAAUACCAUGCUUAAUAGGAAGUUGUUUUAA